UCGGUGAUUAAAUUUUGAGAUGAUAAAAAACGCGAAUUUUCUGCAUCAUUUUUUGAAAAUUUCUUCUCAACUCGAUCAGUAUGGAAUGGUGAAGUUAUUAGAUUAAUAUGGAGUGUAUAAUAGUUGAAGAUUUAUUGUAAAUAUUGCUUUCAAGACUGAUUUAUUUUUACCAUAAUAUGAAAUUAUCCAGAGCCGCACUACACAUCAGUAACUGUAUAUUUAGAAACCAUUAUAAUAAAAAUGAGCUGAUAAUAAGACGGUGCUUUAGCACCACAUUCAUUUGUAACCAAACCGACCAGACGAAACACCGGAAAGUUUGUAGUUCGGUUGCUGAAGCUAUCAAAGAUGUCAACAGCGGAUCUACCAUUCUAUUCGGUGGAUUCGGUCUUUGCGGCAUUCCGGAAAAUCUAAUCGCCGGAUUACUGGCUACAGACAUCGAUAACCUAAUCGCCGUCAGUAAUAAUGCCGGUGUGGACGAUUUCGGUCUCGGUUUGCUCCUGAAGGCGAAAAAAAUCAAACGAAUGAUAUCCUCGUACGUAGGAGAAAAUUCCGAAUUCGAACAACAAUACUUGAAUGGCGAACUCGAGCUCGAAUUUACUCCUCAGGGCACACUUGCCGAACGUAUCAGAGCCGGAGGAGCCGGUAUUCCUGCCUUUUAUACGCCAACUGCAUUGGGUACAAUGGUACACGAAGGUGGUGUGCCUAUCAAAUACACGCCCGAAACUCACCAUAUCGAGAAUGCCAGUCAAUCUAAACCGAGUCAAAUAUUCAACGGAAAGGAGUUCGUUUUAGAGAGAGCCAUUACGGGCGAUUUUGCUUUCAUCAAGGCGCAUAAAGCUGAUCCAGAUGGGAAUCUGGUGUUUAGAAAAACAGCCAGAAAUUUCAAUCCGGUUAUGUGCAAAGCUGCCAAAACGACGAUAGUCGAAGUAGAAGAACUAGUCGAUACCGGAGCUUUGGAUCCAGAUUUUAUACACGUGCCAGGCAUCUACGUAGACAGAAUCGUCUUAGGUCAAAAUUACGAAAAACGAAUCGAAAGAGUGAAACUUCUCAAGAAAGAUUCCAAUUCGGUACUGUCUUCGACACCGGCUGCUCUGAUGAGAGAAAGAAUAGCCCGAAGAGCUGCCAUCGAAUUCCAAGACGGAAUGUACGUUAAUCUCGGUAUAGGUAUUCCGGUUCUUACCAGUAACUACGUGCCGAACAACAUGAAGGUCACUUUGCAAAGUGAAAAUGGAGUAUUGGGUCUUGGAGGAUAUCCCAAGUCACGCUCCGAAGUCGACGCUGAUCUAAUUAACGCCGGCAAAGAAACCGUUACGGUUAUUCCAGGAGCUAGUUAUUUCGGUAGCGAUGAAAGUUUCGCUAUGAUUAGAGGGGGACACGUAGAUAUUACUAUUUUAGGGGCUAUGGAGGUAUCUCAAUAUGGCGAUUUGGCCAAUUGGAUGAUACCAGGUAAAUUAGUUAAAGGUAUGGGAGGAGCUAUGGAUCUAGUCUCAGCUCCUCGAACUAAAGUCAUCGUCACUAUGGAACACACGUCGAAAAGCGGUGAACAUAAAAUCAUUCCCGCAUGUACUUUACCACUAACUGGCAAAGGCUGCGUAGAUAUGAUAAUCACUGAAAAGGGAGUUUUCGAAGUAAAUCGUGAAUCCGGAUUAAAGUUGAUUGAAAUCGCCGAUGGUGUCGAAUUACCCGAUAUCAUCGUAUCGACUGGAUGCGAGUUUUCAGUUUGCGAUGACUUGAAGCCAAUGCAACAAAUCGAAGUUCCAGCUUGAAACUGUUUUAUUUAUUUUUUGAAAAUUAUGUAAUUUUGAUUGUUUUAAUAAACAUUGUACGAAAUAA